AUGUGGGCGCUGGCUGUAGGUGGGGUUUUCUUGGCCGUGGCCAAGGCUUGUAUCUUUUGUCGUCUCCCAGCUCAUAACUUGCCAAACCGCCUGGCACAGCUCAAUAGCCAGAUGAAGCCACAGUGGAAGGAAUGGGCUUCCCCAGAUUUCUCGGCCUUUGCCUUAGAUGAGGUGUCCAUGAACCAAAUCACAGAGAAAACUCACCGAGUCCUGAGAGUCAUAGAGAUAAAAAGAUCCAUCUCCUUGCUCCCAUCAUAUUGGCAAUGGCUUCAGAAGACCAAGAUCCCCCAGUACACCAGGGAAGAUCUCUGUGCUCCUGUCUGCCGGGGCAGCACCAUCCUGUACAACUGCUCCACCUGCGAGGGCAAGGAGGAGUCUUGUUGGCCCCAAAAGCGCUGUUUCCCAGGAAGUCACGAUCUGUGGGACGCUAGGAUUCUGCUUCUAUGUAUCUUCGGAAUUGUCCUGCUUUUGGGUGCUCUGAGCCUCCGAGUGGAGUACCUGCAGCUGCAAGCAAAGGACUUGUGAAAACGUCGACACCUUUCCCAGACCCCGCCCCCCCGCCCCGCAACAAAUUUGUUCCCACAAUUUCCACAUCCCUUAGGGUAGGAACCAGCCACUUUUUAGACCCAGCCCCAAAGCCUCAGUUUUUCAGACCCUAAACCUCAGACUCCUGCUAUCAAUAUCCGUGUCAAAUGGCCUCCAGGAACCCAAGCACCCACAGCUGAAAAGUCCCUCCCCUUCUGUGUUCCACCAAUCAAACAGAGCAGUGGAUGAAGCCAGGAAAUUAUCUACAGAAGGAAAGAAUCCCUUACCACU